CAAACUUCAUCAAGAUGCCAGGCCGGACGCGCCCAAUCGACAAGUUCGCUGCUGCCGCUGCAAAAUGCUCCAAGGAAGGUUCGCAGUAUGGCAAAUGCAUCAUGGCCGACUACAACAAUGUCUACAAAGACAAGUGUUUGACCGAGUUUCUGAAGCUGAAAGAAUGCUACUUGGCCGCAUAUAAGAGGCAAUGACCUCACUCUGACACCAGCGACACUAAAAAUUAGAGGAGGUUUUCACAGGCGCACACUGCAUGGACGAGGCGUUUGGUUACAGAUAAGAUGGAACACCUGUACUUCAUUCAUUCAGGUAUAUCUACUUGAGUCGCUUUUCAUAAAAUAAUUCCACUC